AUGGACCAACAUCACCAUUCCCAGCACGAGCAAAACAGCUCCCUUCCGGAAGAGCGAUUUAAAGGGAGUCAUCCUCAUCUUGAAGAUGCUCCCUCUCCACUAGGUGCUUCUUCAAUAUCAGGACAAGAACACCCCCAACAACAUUCUCGGGAGGAUGAAGCCCAACUUCAUCAGCAAUCAUUGACAGGACAGUCAUCUGACAAUCCUACGAUUGCCAAAUCCAAUGAAUUUUGCGUCAGCGAGGGUCAAGGUAAUGCUGGAAAGAACUUUUCCACUCCAGAUGCCGUAACCACCCCAGAAAUCAUCACCGAUGGUGGCGGUCAACACAAACAGGCAGAUUCGAGACAUGCGUCGUCAACUACACAAUUGGCCGUUGACAAAACAUCGCCUAUUAUCAAUACUACCCAAGGGCCUGACCUGGUCCAAACACCCCUCGUUGUACCGUCAACCUCGGCACUAGAGCCGAACAUGGCGAAAUCGAAUUCCGCUCAACAAGAGUCUUCUUCAAAGGACGGACCCGAGCCGCGGACCGAACAUAUUGGCGAGGUGUGUUAUUCGGAGGGACAGACCGUAUCUCCAUCACACGGCCACGACAGGCCAGACUCAAUACUCUCUUCACCCCUGACACAUCCAAAUGGAGUCUCAAUAUUUCCUCAUUUGUCGACCACAGAACAGGAUGCGCUUGCUCAAGAGGCUUAUACACAGGCGGAAGAAUCCAUCAUUGCGGACAGUUUCACCGGCAGCGACGUACGCGAUGGGGAGACUGAUGGAGGUUACGAUAGCGAAGGUUUCAGUUCAGCAAGCACCUCCGCGGAGUCUUCAGUGCGAGACUAUAUGUACGAAAACGGGCGGCGUUAUCACCGAUUCAGAGAAGGCACGUACAAUUUUCCCAACGACGAUGUUGAACAAGAACGAGAAGACAUGAAACAUGCAAUGGUCAAGUUGCUAUGUAGCCAGAAGUUACAUUUUGCUCCAAUCGGGAACAACCCACAGGAGGUGCUGGAUCUUGGCACUGGUACAGGCAUCUGGGCCAUAGAGAUGGGCGACCAGUUCCCGAGUGCACACAUUCUCGGCAUCGAUCUUUCACCCAUUCAACCAGAUUGGCUCCCACCAAAUGUCCGAUUUAUGGUUGACGAUAUGGAAUCGCCAUGGUUGCACCCCAGAAACCACUUCGAUUACAUACACUCUCGUCACACAGUCAUGGCAGUCAAACAGUGGGACCGGUUAUAUAGGAGAGCCUUCGAGCAUACGAAACCUGGUGGGUGGAUGGAAAUGCAGGAAAUCCAUCACCGGCCUCGCAGCGCCAACUUGGAGGGUGUUAUAUCCCCUGACCACCCGGUGGCUAAAUUUUGGAGAUUGGUCACCGAAGGCCUGGCAGCUCUCGGCGUUGACCUAGACAUAUCUUCGGGCGGUGUUCUAGCUGGGAGGAUGCAAGAGGCCGGCUUCACGAACGUGACGGAGCGAGUUUUUCACGUUCCCAUCGGCACGUGGCCAAAGAACAAGGUUCUCAAGACGGUGGGUUUGUACUGGCGUACUAUUCUUCUUGAUGGCUUGCAGGCCAUAGCUCUGGGGCCACUUACGCGAGGGUUGCAUUGGAGUCGAGAAGAGGUGGAAUUAUUCCUUAUGGACGUAAGGCGAGCGUAUCAUGACAAUGCUGCGCUCAUGUACAUGCCGCUACACGUCAUUUACGCACAGAAGCCAACGACUUCUUACUAA